CAUACAUGCUAUAGCUGGUCUACUGUAUAAUUACGAUGAUUAUAAUAUAUACACUUUACUUGUUUUUGAGACCUACAACGUGUUAAAGGUCUGUUAUAGAGAUAAGGACCAAACAGCAUAUGACUCAAUACUGUGGGGAUGGAAAACCUUUCAAGAUACCUGGACAUCAAUCGGACAUUGACUCUAAUAUGUUGCUUCUCCUGUAUUUUCUUGCAAGCAGAAGGUAUCAGCACUUCCUGGAUGGUCGGGAGCACAGUGACCCUGCACUGUAGCAAUAAGUCAAUCAGUGACCUCGUUCAACUAACAUGGAGAAGGAAUGGGACUUGUCUUUUUAGUUUCAGGCCACGGAAAACCUCAAACAGCAGCUCUGUCACCUUAAGCAGUAAUCAGAAAAUCUCAGACAGCAGAAUUAGGACGUUUUCUGCAGCUGCCCCCCUGAAUCUAAAUAUGUCCACAUCGGAAAGCCAACUGUAUGCACUAAUCAUAGAGAGAGCCCAGAAAAGUCACACAGGAAACUACACUUGUGAAACUACCACAGACUUUGGAGUCUUUGAACAGAAAUGGGAGCUCGUCAUUACAGAGGAAGCUGGGAAUGCAUUGAAAAUCCAUAUUGCUGCAAUUAUUGUACCUUGCAUGUGUUUCCUGAUAUUUAUAAUUAGUGCUUUGACCUUUCUGAGGCAACUCUGCAAAAAACAGCCAGAAAAUAUCACCCAGUCUCCGACUGUGACAUCGCAAGAACAUACUUAUGAAAACCCCCUGGAACUCGAAGCUCGCUGGCAACGUUUACAAAUCCAGGUUCUCCCCUACACAAAGAGUACUGAGCGAUAAGAAUCACACAUAUUAAAUAAAAUUAAUUAAAUUAAAAUGAAAACAUUUUAAUAAAUAAUCCAGAUAUAUUUGUACUGUAAUGAAGAGCACAUUGUGUACUUAAACCUCCAUUAAAUUUGUUUUUCUUGCUGACUGGACACUUGCUAUAAUGUGACCUCAUCAAUCUGUGAAUACUACAAAUCUCUGUAAAUUAAACAGCAGGUAAACUGGAGCAGGAACCUGCACUUUCUUUUCUAAAUGCACUGUCCUUUACUCACUGGCUAAUGUUUUACAA